AUGGUUCUUACAACCCCAUAUCCCCAUUGGAAUGAAGAAUGUCCACCGGUUUGUAAUGUUCAACGUACACCGGAGACGGCUGUCCAAAAUUAUGCAUACUCCGAUGAUACAGUGCCAUUGUUUGACGAGGUUGGAGUAAGUGAUAAAGAUUCCGUGGAAGAUUUGGAUGGCACAUGGGAAGGUGCGGACAAUGACUCCGGUGAUGACGAAGUUGGAGGGCAUCAUGAUAUGCAGGAUCCAUUGUGGGACUUCGAAACUACUAAUUUGGAGAAAGGAAUGUUAUUUACUGAUAAGAAAAGACUAGUGCACACUGUUCAGUUGUAUAACCUGAAGCGCAAUCGAGAAUGCAAGGUCGUAGAAUCCAAAGGAAACAGUUGGGUGGCCGAGUGCAAGCACAGCUGCAACUGGAGGGUUCGGGCAACAAAGUUGAAAGACAAAGAUUUCUUUCAAAUUAGAAGGUUUGAAGCGCCGCAUCAGUGUGUGUACCCUAGAAUGAAUAGGGACAAUUGCAACCUCAAGUCCGAGGUCAUUGCUUAUUUCAUCAAGGCACAAAUUGCGAUAUCACUAGAAUUGCCUCUUGCUACCAUAAUUGAGGUCGUGAAGAAGAAGUUUCAGUUCACUAUAUCAUAUAAGAAAGCGUGGCUUGCAAGGACGAAGGCAGUUGCAAUGGUGUUUGGUGACUGGGACGAGUCGUACCGAAGGUUGCCUAGAUAUAUGGCUGCAUUGCAGGCAUUCAAUCCAGACACAGUUGUCAUGUGGGACAUGAUUCUGAAUUUGCACUGUACCUCAAUCGGAACUGAAAUGUACAUGAACUAUGUGUUCUGGGCAUUUAAACCUGCAAUAGAAGGCUUCAAGUAUUGUCGUCCAGUGAUAUGCAUUGACGGCACACACUUGUACGGGGAAUACGAAGGGAAGAUUGUUUCGGCCACUGCAGUGACUGCUGCGGACAAGAUUGUACCUCUUGCCUUUGCCGUUGUUGACAAGGAGAUGAUCGAGAGUUGGGGUUGGUUCAUUACUCUACUUAGGCGACAUGUGUGCCGUGACCGAGAGGGGGUCACAUUGAUAUCCGAUCGACACACAGCUUUGCUUAGUGUCGUGUCAAGAAUUUGGGACAAUCCAGCAGUUCAACCAAGAGGGUACCAUAGGUAUUGCUUGCGACACGUAUGUAGCAAUUUCAAUGAAAGAUUCGGCAAUACAGUGGCGAAGGAUCUUGUGUGGAGAACUGGUUCUGCACGGCAAGUGUGGAAGUUUAACAAGAUUAUGGACGAUAUCUACAAGCUCGAGAAGAAUGUUGAAUGGUGGUUUAGACGAAUGAACCCUAGUCAUUGGACAUUGUGCCAUGAUGGUGGUUGUCGUUGGGGCAUAUUGACGACAAACCAUAUAGAGGGCUUCAAUGGUGUAACGCCCUCAAAAUAA